AUGGCCCGUUCUGUGAUUUUUCUGGUCGCCAUCUUUCUUUCUUUCUGCAUAUUGUCAUGCAUAGCACAACAACAACCAUGCACGACCUAUAAAUUUUCAAACAACAAACAGUUCUCUUCUUACAGCGACUUGCCUGUUUUGAGCUCCUCUCUUUACUGGAACUACCAUCCAUUAUCCAGCAGAGUUGAGGUUGCCUUCAGGCAUACUGGCGUGACCGGUCGCAGAUGGAUUGCUUGGGCUAUCAAUCCAACUUCAGGAGGGAUGAUUGGUUCCCAAGCAAUCGUUUCUUUUCAGAGAACGGAUGGAAGUCUUGCGGUCUAUACUUCGCCUAUAACAAGUUAUGGAACGCGAUUGGAACAAGGAAAUCUUAGCUUUCCUGUCUUGGAAUUGUCCGCUACUAAUCAGAACAAUGAGAUGAUAAUCUAUGCAAGCUUAGAGCUCCAUGGAAACAUCAGCACAGUCAAUCAUCUCUGGCAAGUAGGCCCAAUGUCUGAAAACACUCUAAUGAUGCAUAGUGUUGCUCCAUCCAGUCCCAACGUCAAAUCCAUGGGGAGUUUGGACUUCCUUUCAGGAAGGAUUAAAGCGACAAGAAGUUCUUCAACAACACUGAAAAAUGUCCAUGGAAUAUUGAACACAGUAAGCUGGGGUAUUCUAAUGCCUGUUGGGGGCGUCAUUGCAAGAUACUUGAAAAGGUUCGAAUCUGCAGGCCCUUUAUGGUUCUACUUGCAUGUCAGCUGUCAACUGCUGGCCUAUAUUCUUGGUGGUCUGUCUGGAUUUGGGACUGGAAUAUUUCUUGGCAUAAGGUCUCAUGGUAUGGAACAUAGCUGUCACAAAAUCAUCGGCAUUGUCCUCUUCUGUCUUGCAACAGCGCAGGUGUUUGGUGGUCUGGUCAGACCUGACAAAGAUAGCAAGUAUCGUCCCUUCUUCAACUGGUUCCACUUCCUUGCGGGUUGCUCAACACUUAUCCUAAGCAUAUUUAACAUAUACAAAGGAUUUGACAUAUUGCACGCCGCAAGAUUUUGGAGGCUUACCUACAGUGGUACAAUACUAACUUUGCUACUGGUCACGCUACUAUUGGAAAUAUGCACAAGAUGGUGCCUGCCGAUAACUAAGCAUUCGAUGUCAAAUACCGUGGACAAAAACACAUCCACUGUCGCUGCAGUAGCUGCAAUGGAGAGCCAGGAUAGCUGCAUUGCAGAAUCUGACAACGCAGUUGUGAGGAAAAUUGGCACCAGGAUAUUGUUGAGGGAGGAAUGCAGUGGUUAUGGGGCUGGGAUGAAGGGGAUGAUAAUGGGUCAUACAAUUCCGGAAGCUGGGAACAAUGGGGUUUAUAAUAAUGGAACAUUUGAGAUUGAUGUGGAAUGUCAAAAGAUGUAUAAUGAGUUGCCUGACGUUUUGGAGAUCAACAGGAAUUCAGAGUUAUGA